AUGUCUUUGGAGUUGGAAAAGAAUAAAGACAGACUGAUUCAAGCUGCAAAAACAUUCUUCUUUCAUGUACAAGAUCUUAUUUCUUUCACAAAUAAAUUUAUUGAUUUAAGUAAUAUGAACACUCAGAUCCUCUUGAUGGCUGUGAAAGAAGAUAAUAACAUUAAGAAUUUCUUUGAACAAAUGCUCAAAAAUUGUAAGGAAAUGAAGUCAGUAGUGGAUGCAAAGCACGACAAAAUGCAGACAUAGCCUUUAUGUUCCAAGGUUGCAACAGUCAUGUGCUCUGUGGCUGAGAAAUGUAUCAAUGUAGAGUUACCUCAUUCAGCUAAGGGACUGUUCAGCGAUAUCCAGACACCAGUCAUUGUUUCUGGGCUGAGAAGUAGUAACAUCUUUGAGAGUUUAGAAUCUUUACUUUCACUCUUGAUGACAUUCCCCGUCAUGAAUCUUCGAUUAAGUGACUUCUAUAGAGAAGACACCAAAGAGCAAUCAGAUGCCACCACAUCUGGGAAAACCAUGAGUCCAGAUCUUUCCAAAACCACUACAAAGGACACCUUGAAAAAGUUACAGGAUGCAUUAAAAACCGAGAACACCAGCAAUCCCAGAGAGUCAGCAGCAGAUCAUUUGGAACAAAUUCUCAAGGUUAUGGAACCAACCUUAUAUAUCCUUCAAAAAGCCAUAAAAACUGUGGAAACGGAUAUUUCCAAGUCUAAGAAAGUCAUUGACAAAUAG